AUGCCGCUGGGCGAAAGCAGCAGCGAUGAUGAGGGUCCCUGUGAACUCCCCGACGGCCGGCUGGUGUGCGGUCCCCAUGGUCUGGUAUGCUGCUGGGAAUGCUACGUCGACUUCAGCGUUACCAAUGGGGACGACGAUGACGAGGACGACGAGUUCGAGAUUGACGGGUUCGAUAUCGACGAGUUCAAGACCGACGAGGGUGAGGACGACGAGAAUGAGGACAAUGAGGAUGAAGACUACUUGAAGAGAACAUUUCGAAUUCACCCCGGUCUCAAUCAUCUCAUGGGCCAUAACUUGAGACGAGGUUCCGGUCGGGCUUUUCCCACCAAGUUCAUCCCACCAUCGGCUUUAACGAUUCCUUCUAAGUUAUUCUCUAGGCUGAGGGACCAUGGGCUUGUCACUAGAUACACCCUGCCCAACGAUCCCGGCAAAGGCCUCAUUCGCACUGAUGGUGCAUGUUUGAACAACGGCCAACCGAACCCAAAGGCUGGCUGGGCUUUCUGGCAUGGACUGACUCCUUCGGGAAAGCGACUUGUAGCCUCCGGCCGCCUGGAGAAGAAGGGGCCUUUUGGCGACGACGGCAUUCAGAGUAGCAACCGGGCGGAGCUCCGUGCUGUCAUCGCAGCCCUGGGUUUCCGAUACUGGCCGGGUGAGGGGUUCCACACCAUUGUCUUCGCCACCGAUUCCGAGUAUGUGGUUGAGGGUUCCACAAAUUGGGCAAAGACGUGGGUCGAGAAUGGCUGGAAAACAUCCAAAGGAACUGGGGUCAAGAAUAGGGAUCUGUGGGAGGCGCUGCUGGGUGAGAUUGAACGAUACCAGGGUGAAGGGAUGGCUGUUGAGUUCUGGCAUAUUCCGAGAGCGUUCAACGCAACUGCUGAUGCAGCUGCGCAGGAGGCUGCCGCUCAGUUCGAUGCACCUGAUGAGUGGGCACAAGUUAUAGGGCUUAACUGCUAG